AAAGCUCUGCUGCAUUAAAACGAGGAUUUCGUGAGCGAGUCUUUCACAUAAAUUCGACGUAAAACAAUCACCGCGAUGUCGUCAUCCGCGCAAAUAUCCGCUAUUUUUUUACUGAUCAUCGGAAUAUUCCGUGCGACAAAUUGUUUCAUACCUGAUCAAGCUCCGGAUUCGGACCUUCCGUCCGGCUUCGUCGAGUUCCCGGAUGUCAACGUCGCUUACAAAGUUUAUACCGAAAAACUUUCGUGGGACGACGCCGCCAGAAAAUGUAACGAAGUUGGCGGUCAAUUGGCGCUGAUUGACACGCGUCGAAAAAUUUCUCACAUCGCCGGGAUAAAACCAAACGGCGCUUACGUGUGGGUUGGAAUAAAGAGAACCGAAGAGCGAGCUCCUUGGCGAAAAAUUAGCGACGGUUCUCCUAUGGUCGACGUUCCUUGGGCACCCGGAAAACCUACCGCAGGAUCAAACAACUGUCUUACGGUUAGGGGUUGCAAUCGAGGAUUGAGCAACGAAAGAUGCACGCAGAGAAAAGUGUUCGCUUGUGAAAUUUCGCUGAUACAACAAGGUCUACUCCAAUCGUGAUUGCGAAUUAUUUUUUGCACCCCUGAAAAAACUUUGAACUGUGUAUCGAUUAGAAUGUACGACGAAAAAACGAGAUGGAAAUAAAUAGAAAUUAAGGAAA